UUGGUGGUAGGGAGCGCCACACGCUAUCAUGUUUACUCAGGAUUUAUCAGCUCUGCUCUGUGGAAUAUCUUGGUUUGCUUUGAGUUUUCUAUCAAUCUCACCGGGACGAGCACUUCUCCAUAGUGGCAACAGCUCGUCUCCCUCGCAAUGCGGCGGAGUUCUCCGUGCCGGGUCGGGGGUCAUCUCGUCGCCUAUUCAGCCUGCAGGUGUCCCUAGUCGGUACCCUGACAAUCUACGGUGUGGCUGGACCAUCGUUACGCCUAAGAGUCGCCGUGUGAGGCUCGUUUUCUCGACUUUCGAUCUGCAGUUCAGCGACCACUGCCAAGCCGAUUAUGUCAAGAUCAUCCAAGACGGGGAAAGUGAGACCGCCUCCUCAACCGUCUACUGCGGCCGGGAUCAAGCCCUCCCUCCCCCGGUGUUGUCCACGGGUAGCGUGCUGCGCGUGCUGUUCGUCACGGACGGCAGUCUGGGCGGGGCGGGGUUCAGCGUGUUUUACCAAUCAGUUCGAGUAGACGCUCCAGAUGCGCCUGUUAUAGUCUGGCUGGAGCAGAACCUAGCAGAUUCCAUGGCCAAACUGCAGACUCUCCCGGCCGAUCCCGCCGACUACCUGUCAUCCGGGAGCAUCGUCACCAAUACCAUGCUCAAGUACCGGCCCGCCAACUGGUCUGCUCUGGCCGUCGACUACCACAACCGGGACUUCUUCUGGAGCGACCCGAAGCUGAAGCUCGUCUGGCAUGGUGAGAUGAGCGGGGACACGCUCGUCGCUGAACCUCUGUAUAGCGGUACCUCGUCGGCGGUUGCUGGUCUGGCUGUGGACUGGUUGGCGCGGACCGUGUACUGGACGGACGCAGCCUACAACUGGAUAAUGGUGAGCAACUACGACGGUUCCAGACACAGGGUGUUGGUGGAAGACGGUCUGGAUGAGCCGAGUGGUAUCGUUGUACAUCCCUCCCAAGGGUGGCUGUUUUGGGCAGAUCAGGGAAGCAAGUCGAGGAUCGAACGAAGCCGACUCGACGGACAGGAUCGCCGGGUAUUAAUCGGUGCCGAGGCCGGCUACCCCGUGGGGAUCACUGUGGACUAUCCGCACGAUAGGCUGUACUGGACGGCACAUGGCCCAACCGGCACAAGCUCCAUCUUCUCUGCUUCGAUCGACGGCGAAUCGCUGAUGGAGCAUGUUCGCGUAGACUACAACCAGUAUGUGUUCAAUGACCUGACUAUAUUUAAGGAAUACCUGUACGUGACGGACUCCACUAACCAGCUGCAUUGCUAUCAGAAGGAUGCAGGCAUGGCUCACUAUUUCAGCUUCAAUCUUGGAGUGCGAAGACCAUUUGGCAUUACCUCAUUCGCCGACAACAACUACGUCUUUGAGUCAUCUUGGUGUGACAGGAACCCUUGCGAGUAUCUCUGUGUAAGCACCGACGAACACAGGCAUAGAUGCUUAUGUCAACUCGGGUACCAUGCUGUGGAGGAUGGAACGUGCGUCCGUGAUUCAGAUGUCCAGAUCCCACCGCCCAAGCUCUUCGUCGUGGCCAGAGACAGCAUCUGCAUGUACCCAGAUAACGUCGCAGACAUGCCCCUCAGCGGCGCCGGCGGGACGGGCCCCGGCCAGUGCAUCCUUCGAGACUUGCCCGAGGCCACUGCCAUGACUACUGACGUCCAAGACAGCCGGCUGUUCUACAGCCUGCUUGGCGAGGGUGGCACUUUGUAUAGUGUGAGGUUGAGGAACAAUGAGAACGUUGUGACAGUCGUGGGUGGGACGGGUGCGGUUCACGGCAUGGCCGUCGACUGGUUGGCUAAACUGCUGUACUGGACUGAUUCGCUCUUGAACCACAUCGCUAUGGCGACAUACGAUGGCCGACACAGAAAGAUUCUCCUCCGUGACGACAUGGACCAACCAGGGAGCAUUGCCUUGGACCCCCACGAGAGAUUUAUUUUCUGGACUUACCUGACCUCCGGGGCAUCACAGCUGGAGCGAGCCGGUCUGGACGGCAGCAGUCGGAUAGUGAUCCUCCGUGAAGUGAUGGAGCCACGCGGCAUCGCGCUGGACUACAACAGCAAAAGGUUGUAUCUUGCAGAAAGAGGCACUGGUACGAUACGAACCUUUGACUAUUCCGGCAGAGAUUGGCGGACGGUUUAUGCCAAGAGGGAAGCCAUGUUUACGGGCCUGGCCCUCUACAAGGAUUAUCUCUUUUGGACGCAGUGGAAUCCGGCGGAACUCCACGCUGUCAACAGAAAGACGGGGAAGCUGGAGCGCAAACUCCCCCUGAGCGGCGUCGCUGAGUCCCCCUAUGGGGUCGCCAUGUAUGCGGAAAGCAGACAACCCCUGGGACAGAGUCCCUGCUCAAAUAGCAGUCAUGGAUGCCAACAAUUGUGUCUUCCCGCCCCAUUGCCGUCGGACUUCGUAUGCGACUGCGCAAUUGGCUACACCUUGGGAGAAGAUGGCUCCUCAUGCACUUCCGAUUUAGUGAAGGACAACUUCAUUCUUGUGACCGACACUGUCCUCCACGGAAUCUACCAAGUUGACCUUUCGACCCCUGACCCCACCCUCCAAGCCCUCCCGUUGACCAACGUCUCGAACCCGCUGUCGGUCGGCUAUGACCCCUUGCUGGGAAUGGUGUACUGGAGUGACGUCACAAAAGGGACCAUAAGUAGAGCGUCCCUUGCCGGUGGUAACCAAGAAGUCAUUGUUACCUCAAAUCAUGGAGAAGCUCCUUAUUCCAUAGUGGUAGACUCCCGACUUCUUUUCUGGACGGACGUUGAAUCCAACAGUAUUAAGGUGUGUCGUCUGGACGGCGCGUACCAGAUGACGCUUGUGAACACAUCUGCGAGUCCUCGAGCUCUUACUACAUUUGCAAAUGAGGGACUGCUUUUCUGGACAUGGUGGGGUGAAGAUAGCGCUGGUAUUAGCAAAUCAUCGAUGGACGGACGUAACGUGGAGGUCUUACUAUCGAACAAUGGAGGUUUUCUGCACGGUCUUGCUGUCGACGCCCUUGAGAGGCGCUUGUACUGGACCGAUGCCGAUGUUCACACGAUCGAGUCCAUAGAUCUAGACACCGGGAGCGACCGGCAGACCACCCCCCUGGGCUUCGCCUCACGACCCUUCGGCCUGGCCGUCGAGGUGUCCCACAUCUUAUGGACCGACCAGGGCUCCCGGAGGCUGAUGAGAGCGGACAGGGCCACUGGAACGAACGUAGAAAUCGUCGGCAGUCUUGACCUAGCGAGGCCUAACGGCAUGCACUGUCAGGCACGGAGUUCAAACAGCGUCGUGAACAAUGGUUGCUCCUUGAGUAAUGGAGGUUGCAGCGGACUGUGUCUGCCGACACCCACUGGUCGAACCUGCGCGUGUGCAGAUGGUGUCGCUGCAGACGAGGACGGGUCUUGCCCUUUUGGUGAAGAGGAUAAAUCGGUAGACAAGGUCACUCAGCUGGAAUUCAUCAAUCGCCCACAUGACCUCACUCUCGAAGUAGGCAUGGAGAUCAACCAGAUGUGUAGCAGCAAUCAGCCGUCGGCCAGUGUAAAAUGGCAAAAGGAUUUUAUGCCAUUGCCGCUUGGUCAAACUGGCGGUAUCUAUGUGUUAUCGGAUGGCGCGUUGGUGAUUCUGGAUGUUGACGAAACCCACCGUGGCUUUUACACCUGUACUAUAACGGGAACCACCGGUGACGUCAUCGAAGCGUCAGCUGAAUUCCAAUUCAGUCCACAAGAAGUGUUCGAGAUGACCCCUGAACUGGCCGUGAUUCAGGAGGGGGAGGACUAUAUCUUAACGUGUUCUGCACGGCCGGCCUCCUACGUCAUCCGCUGGGAGAAGGACGGAGCGCCGGUGCAGCUGUCGGACAUGGUUCACGUGAUCUCUGGGGAUAGCCUGAUCAUUCGGGAGGCAGUCGUUUCUGACAGUGGGAAGUACACGUGUAUCGCCCAGACGCUGGGCGGCGUGCGGGUGGCCGAGGUCACGGCCCGGGUCACGGUGACUGCACAGCAGGCCGUGCAGGAAGUUUGUGGCACAGUAACAUCACCCGAGGCAUUGGGUCUAUCAGAGGUUGGCUCUGAAGGAGCUGAAGAGGAGGAAGACCGGACCUUCCGGAUUGUGGGAGGCACCACCGCUAAGCGAGGCUCCUCCCCUUGGAUUGUCCGUUUAUGGGUGAAUGAGGACCGCACGCACUUCUGUGGCGGUGCCCUUCUCAAUCGCUACUGGGUCCUGACGGGCGCCCACUGCAUCACGGAGUACUCGCUGGGUCGGGAGGACAUCAAGAUCCGGUUGGGCGACCACGACUCUUACUCGGACGAGGGGAGCGAGCGCUUAGUGGGCGUCCAGCACAUCAAGGUGCACGACGAGUUCGUAGACAGCGACUACGACGGCGACCUGGCCCUGGUCAAGCUGGCCGAGCCCGUGGAGCGGUUCACCGACUACCUGCGGCCACUGUGUCUGCCCAGCAAGGCGCUGGCACGGGAGCUGCUCAAGCCGGGUCGCAAGGGGAAGGUGGCGGGCUGGGGCCGGCUGGUUGAGGGUGGGCCGUUCCCGCGCUAUCUGACCGAGGUGGACGUGCCAAUCGUCGGCCAGCAGAAGUGUAUCAGAUCCACCACGUAUCUCGUCACCGAGAGGAUGUUCUGUGCUGGCUACAAGAAAAAGAAGGGUGACGCAUGCAGGGGUGACAGCGGGGGGCCCUUCUCGAUUGAGCACGAGGGGAGAUGGUAUCAGUUGGGUAUUGUUAGCUGGGGCGAGGGGUGUGGGCGAGAAGGAAAGUAUGGCUUCUAUACCCGGCUUGUUAAAUUCCUUCAGUGGAUUAACCAAUACAUGGAGGAGCAUUAGACGCUGAUCGUUGUUUUCAUGCUUAUUUAAGUUUAUAUUAUCAGUAGACGUAACCAUGUUUAGUACUCGUUUUAUCAAGUCCAAAAUUAUGUACUUUGUUUCUGCAAUUUUCUUAUAAACUGCGAAAGAAGUGGUCAGCACCAUUGAGAAAACAGCUUGAAAUUUUAUUUUUUUCUUUUAAAUUCCUAAUGUCAUUCGAUAAAGACAGGAACCCUACCAAGACAUUAAUUUACUUAGGAUAGAGAUCAUUGGAGGUCAUGAGCAACAUUAUGUUUAUCUCACUACUUUAUUCAUCCAAGUGCGCUAAUGUUAAAAAGACUUUCGAUGUGACUUUUGUGCACCUCUGCGAUUAUGCGCAUUGUGAAUUUUAUGCAGUUAACAAGGCAUUAUUAUAAAUGCAAAUAAGUGUUAGGUAAUGCAAGAAUUCUUUCUAAUAACAAGGCAUUAAAAUUGUGAUGGACCAGUUUUCUGCGAGUACGUUAAAAAUCGGAUAUUGUCAGGGGACGAUUAUCGUCCCCAGACAAUAUCCGAGGUUUACUUUCGUCGCCAGACCCCUAUUGCGCAUGCUUGUGAGUAUAUUUAUGAAUGUUGCUUUAUACCCGUGUAUUGUUGAAUAAAUUGCAUGUCCACCGCCGCCAA